UAAAAAAAACAUUUAGUGCCAACAGAGUUCCAUUUUCUUAUUACAAACACAGUUAAAACUGAUUGAGUAACUCUAGUGUAAACCACAACGCAAUGGGCACUUUGCAUGUCUGUUUCGCUGACCUGCCGCAGUACGGAAAACCCACUCCGCCCAUAGACGUCUCACCGUUAGCCACCACCAGCAACCAAAUUGAAACACUGUGUGAGUUAAGUGAUGCUGCUGUUGAUGCUGUCACCGCCACCGACUCCCCUUCAGCAAUGACGCAACAAGCCGACCCAAACAAGGACAUGCCGCCAUGCAGCCUAUCGCCUGGUGCCAACAGCGCGCACAGCACAUCGCCAACUCCACGCUACGAACGCAAUAUUAGCUUCUUUCAUCAACUCAGCCGCCGCUUUGGACUGCUGCGCUCCAGCGAUGACCCAGUUUUUAGUGCCGCCGAAGAUGACUCGACCGAUUCGUGCUCCUCGACUACGGGCGCAUUGCCGCCAAUGCAACGUUCGACCGGUGCAUCGACGACGUCAUCGUUAUGCGCGCCAAAUGGCGGCGACAUCAAUACUUUGAGCAGCAAUAGCAACAUUAGCGGCAAAAGUGGAGCACACUUACACACUAGCAACGGCGGGUGCCUGAAGGACGGCCACGGCUCGAGCAGUGAGCAUAUUUCAUGCGCCUCCAGUGAGACGAGCAGCACUGCCGACAUUGAGGAAUCACAAGAACAACAAAUGUGUUCACCGAAAGCGGACGCCGCCACCGCCACCAAAUUGUCACCAACCAAAGAGCGACGCUCCAGUGCACGCGCCAGCUUCUCACGCCUUCAACGUCGCUCCACAUCUUCCUUGCGACGCGCAUUCGAAAGUUUCUCAUUGUCAACGCGUUCACUUUCAUGCAGCGGUGCGACUCCGACUGCUGCUAACACGCCCGUAAACGCACAGCAGGCGGCACAACGCUCCGGCAACGGCAACACGCCCAUCAAAUCGGCACUCAAAUAUAAUUCCAAUGUUGAAUUGAAUAGAAAGUUGCAAGCCGGUGGUGGUGGUGGUGUCAUUGGCGCCUGGCAUACGUCAUAUUCGGCAUCGAGUUUACAGCUAUCGUCGUCAGCAGCUGGCAGUUCGUCGUCGUCGUCGACAUCAAAGUCAUCAUCGAAAGGCAAGACAAAGCCACCGCCGCAGCGUAUACUUCGGCAGCCUGUCUCCUAUACGUAUCUGAAGGGCAUAUCCGGUCUGCCGACACAACGAGUGCCUCGCAGCGCUGUCUGCUGUCAGUAUGCAAGGCGUUGAAAGCACUAAGCGGUGAUUGCCUUCAAAGGCGCGCAGCGUAGAGUUUUAGAUACCGUUAAAGUGUUCAGCAUACAUACAUACAUACUCGUUCAACACAAAGCAUAUUGAGGGCCAAAGAAUUAUGGGCGGUUUUGCCUAUGCCACUAAUACAUACAUACAUAUAUCACACGAGUAGUUAGUUGACAGUUCGAGAGUUCAAGAGUUUGUUGUUGUUGGUUUGCGUUGAAGUGACGUACAUGAACGUACAUAUAAUCCGUAGUAGAAAGUUUUUGCCAUGCAUUUGGGUAUUAGUGUGCGCAUAGAAAUCGAAAGAGACAAGAGCGAAGUAAACAUUAAAUACAUAAGCCGAGCUAUUUAUAAAUAAUAUCGUAUUAGAGCGUCCGUACACAGUCACACACACACACACACACAAAUUUUGUAUUGGCGACUCCAUGAAUGCUAGAAUUUAAGGCGACUUCAUUUAAGUACACGCACACACACACUUAUAAAUGCACACUUACGCUAUUAAAUGCAUUAAAACAAGAUUUCUUUUUUUUUUUUGUUAUUCGAUUGCAUCAAACAAAAUCUGUGAUAAGUAUCAUUUUCAUAUCGGAUGUAAACUCACAGCAAUGUCAUUAUUUAAUAAAGUAUUUUAGAAUCACUAAUUGGUAAAAAUAAAAUGAAAUUUUAUUCCACAUGUAGGCCAGCUUUCUUUCUUAUGAUUAAUAUCCUUAAAAAAACACACUCACAAGACACGCAGUUGCAGAUUUCACAGAGCUACAAAGGGAAGUCGGAAGGAGCAUCUCUGAACUCAGCUGAAUAAUGCAUUCUUGGGACCCAAAAAUUUCGGUCGCGUAUCACGAUCCUCGUUUUCAAAUUACUCCAUCACGCCUAGAUCUAUGUAAAAUGAAGUCAAAGCGCAGAAUCCGACACCAAUUCCUAGCCUAAAUAUAAGUCAAGAGAUUGAAAAGAAAUAAUUGACCUUUAAAUUACCUCUAAGCGAUCUCUAGAAGUCACUUUGGCUAAAAGAUCAAAUCGUAUCUGGACUUAAAGUUUUCUGUUCUUUCAGAAUCCAUAGUCAAAAGACUAUUUCGAAUUAGAGUGUCUGAUCUGGACCUAUAGAAACUACACCUCGGUUUCCUUUUGUGGCUCGGUAUUAUUUUACUCGACAAAUAUUAUAAUUUAAUUUGUUUACAGAAAGAAUUCUUGUCGUUAGGCUGGUAACAGAGUGGGCAGUAAAAGCUUUGAAAGUCUUAAAGCGAUACUUUUCAGUCAAUGAAUUGGCUUUGGAUUUACUAGAUAAUUAGAUAAUCCAAAAUGCAUAUGUUAGGUGAAAGUUAGUACUUGCAUGAAAAGUUGGCAUAUCAUAGCUGAUGAAGCACACUCUGUCAAUAGCCUAAGGAUAAGCGAUGAGGCCAAUU